CGGGCGCCGUCUUGUAAGCCGGUAUUAGCCGUCCUUGAACUUAUCCCUGUAGUUUUAGUGUCUUAAGAAUCUGUAAAGUCUUUUCCAUGGCUUCGGAAACGAGAACGUCGAUCAUGGCUCAUCCGAAAGUGGAUGGGAAGAAAGACGGGCAAGAUGAAAUGGAGAUUGACAACAAUCAACACGUGUCCAAGACGGAAAGCGAUAGCGAUGGGGAAUAUCACGGUUAGAGUUCAAAUGACACAAAUGAUGUACUUAAGGAAAUCUGCUCUUAUCCAGGAAACGCCGUGAUACAGAAAUAAUCGUUGUUUCUGACAUUUUAUCAACAGAGCCCGGUAUGCGAGUCGGAGAAGAAUACCAAGCCGUCAUUCCCGAUCUUGUCUCAGAGAGUAAGUUGCAAAUUAAACCAAUAGGCUCUGUUAUGAUUAAUUAUCUUAGUCCUUUCCUGAAAAUAGGCAUGGGUAAUUAUUUCACCUUGCAGUUUGUGGCGAAUUUCUUACGUUAAGGGUCGAGUAAUUGGCCUGCGUACGACAAGCUCGAGUAUUUCAAUUACCGGCCGGCUAGCGACGCGCGCAUAAAUAUCCUACAUUAACUUUCCUUUCAAGCCUCGCCAUGGAAAAUCAUUCUAUAUAGCAGCUGCUUUUAAAAAAUUGCAGUUUAAAUCAAGGGAGGUUUCGCGCCUUUGCGGUUCUUAAAGUUGUAAAUUUCGAGCUUCUUGGCUUUUGCGUUGUGUAACUUCUAAGCACUUUGUUUUUCCGAUGUCAGUUUCGACAUUUCGUACACUUCUAAACGCUCUUACAUUUAGUAGUAGUUCCAAAGUAAGAAUUUUUCGGUGAAAACGCUGAAGUCAAGUUGCAAUUGUCGGUUGACAAUAAGUGGAUGGAAGGGAUUAGAGUUGUGGGAAAAUAUUUUUGAACGACCUGAUGGGGCCUCUUGGGGGCCGGGGGGGGGGGGGGGGGGGGGGUAAAUGUCUCUGACCUGUCAUUUCAUUGUUGCAACCUGUGUUUUUUGUUGUCAUUUCCUCUGUUUUUGUCGCUUCUUCAAGGCCAUGUGCCUUGCUAGAAUUGGAAUUCUUCCCUAGCAGGACAUCUCUGGUGAUAAUACUAAUGAUAAUGAUAAUAUUAUCAUUUACUUUAUUAUUCAAUUUUAUGAUCAAAAAUCCUUAGUGUAAUAUUAUUAUGUAAUAUUAUUAUCUAUUAUUAUUAGGAGUAUCUAGAUAACUAGUCUUUGAUCACUUAGUGUGUGAAACACAAGUACCAGUCCUGAAAUUUCAUAUUAGUAACGUAUGAAAGUAGUCCAAAAGGUGCGAAAACAUCUGUCUGAUGCAUUGGAGGGAAUUCAAAAGCGCGCCCUUAGGAUAAUUUUUCUGAAUGCACAUUAUGAUGAGGCAUUGAUACUAAGUGGCCGGCUGUGUUUAGAAGACCGUAGGGCUGCUGCUUGCGAAUCAUUUAUGCGUAAUUUAAAACCAUCCAACCCUGUGUUUGGCCUUGCCAUGAGCGGAAGGGUAACUACCAUUCACUUGUACUCGUUACGAAGCUGCCGGAACUAUAAUAACAAAAUUUGUAAGACAAAAAGAUUGUCAGAAUUUGAAUCUGUGAAAUAUUUAGAUUUUUUGUCAUAAGUUAAAUGUUAAUUAUGUGUAAUUUGUGCACGAUCCUGUUAUCCAGCUCUUAGCUGCAAGGGGUUCUGAGUAAACAACUCUAUUCUAUUAUUCAUGGAUCUUUUGUUUCUCUUUUAUUCAGACAAAGAAGAGGCCAAACAUGACCCAAACCUUCGGCACAAUGCACUUCUUGUUUGGGCACCUGUAGAGGAAAUCCCAAAUUCAAAACGUGGGUGUAAUUAUUUAAUAUAGUCUUAUAGCGUAAAUGAUCAAAAAGACAGCAGGGUGUUGAUUUACUUUGAACAAUCUGAGAGGGAGUGUUAAAUAGAUACAUUCAGGAAACAUUUAAAAGAGAAAGGCAUUUCUUUUCUUUUUUGCGACCUCUCCAAAACUAAUAUACUAUCAGUGAAAAUAUCCAGAGAGUUUGUAAAUUAAUAGCAAAAUAUGCAGUCCAUCAAUGUCUACAUCUGGGCUGUGUAGAGAUCCAUGUCACUCUUUCAAAUCUCAAUUUCACUAUCAGAAUCCUCAUUUUAGGAUAAUUGUGUUGUCAUCCUGACUUUAUCUUUACUUUGAACUUGACUUGAAACAAGAUGCAAUGCACAUUCAUCAAGCAAAAAACUAAAUAAAUUGAAUGAUUUUCUCCUUUUUGCUAAUUCCUAGUAUUUUGGUGUAACUCUCUUCGGGGUGUUUAUUAGAGAGGGGCAUUAUUUUAAUACAGACUUUGCCUUGUAGAGGGGGCAUUAAUUUUAUUAGACAAGAGGCAUUUUUUUGAGAAGGGGUGUCAAUAAAUUAGAUCAUUUACAGUGUACCCUUAUAUUGUCUACUCAGUGUGCAGAGGAAGUAGUGUCUGUUAGCCUGGGGCCAGUGGAUUUUGCUGUCAGGCUAAUGAGUUCUGUUCUUAACUUGCCUGAAGGGCAAGUGACAUUUUUCUGGGAAUAUAAAUCACAGAAGAGCUGCAAUCAUUCCUGCUCAUUGUUGUUUUUUGUGCUGGUUGAAAUGAUUUUUGGGCUAGUACGUGCUAGCUACAGCUUGUCUGUGUGUCAAGCAGUAAAACUCCUUUUCCUUUUCACCUGGUUUCUUGGCAUCUGCUUCUCUUCUUCACAAGGCACUUUACACCCCAGCUAGUGAAAUGUCAUGUAAGCCCCCAGUUCACAACCAAAAUAUACAAGCAUGCUUGAUAAUAUUACAGUGAGCAAAUGUAUGAGUGCACAAGUAAAACCACUUCCACCUGCAUGGAAGGUGACCCUGACACAUGGAGAGAAAAAAGGGUCUACAGGGCUGUGUCGGUCAUUGGACAUUGUCCGACUAAAAUUUGCACAUUGUCCAGGAAAUCGUGCUUGUAAAUUUGAACAUGUUUUUUGAGAUGUACCAUUACACUGACUUAAAGUUUCACGUAGCUUUGUGUCUUUUUUUUUGUUGUUUCACCUUUUAGUGGAUGACUAUGUGCUGGUUGCUAAAGACAAACAUGGGUACAACGUUGAACAGGUACAUUCACAAGCAGUAUUAAAAUAAAGUGCACAAUUUGAGGGUGGAACUAAGAUUACCGUAUUUAUUUACCUAUAAGCCAAACUAUUUUUUCAGAAACUUUAAAGAAUCUGAAAAAUAAUAGUUUCUUUAGCAUGCCAGUGUUAUUGGUGCAAACUGGUGGGUGCACUUUAAAACCAAUUGCCACAAUCAUGGACAAAGUCUUUGGACACCUUUGUAUUUUUGGGGUGUUUUUCAAUUCACACCGGUCCAACCCCUCCCCUUACCCCACAAAGAAUGUUGGAGGUGUGUGUCCAGAAUUUUUUCAGAGUUUCAACUUUGCUUAGGGUGGGCGAGGGAGAAUUGCAAGAAAAUUUUGAAAAGGAUGCUCUGUUUUAAGAGGGAACUGAGAAAUGACAGAAAAAAAUGAAUAUUGUAGUAUUGUCUCAAGGAAUUUUGUCUAGGAUUGUAGGUGCACUUUUUUCAGGUCCCUGCUGAAGGAAGUGCAGUCUUAACAGACACCACCAUAAGACAGACACUUCAGUAAAACAGACACUUAAAGUUGUUCCCUGACUUUCCUUACUCCUUUCACUUUACUCUUUAUAAGACAGACAACACUAUUAGAUGCACACUGAGUGUGGGUCUCAAAGGUCUCCAUCAUAAAUUGAGUUGACGUAGGUUUUGAUCUGAUGAUGAAUCUAUUCGGAGUGUGAAUUCUUUAGAUUCAACAUCUACUCUUGGAUUUUAGUAAUGAAAUGCAAAUUUAAUUUUAUAAUUUUUCAUAGUCCUCUAUUAGGUUUGAAAAGGUUAAAUACAUGUAGAUCUAUAAAUCUGUGCAGAUGUCUAAGUGCUGUUGAACUGAUCUGGGAUGUUACUAAAAUGUCACCAGAUUUUUUUUCUGGGAGGGAUUGUUGAAGAAGGAGCCAAGGAUUGCCAGUGUUUCGUUAAGGGGUGUUAGAAUUAACCAGUGAAAUACAUGUACAUCUUGUACAUGUAUAGUAAAGGGGCAUACGAACCAAAGGCCCAAAUGGCUGGAGCUUAUUUUGUUUUCCUUCUCAUGAAACAUGCUGAGGAGUAUUGCUACUCCCCCCUGGACAGGAAGCUAGUCCAUCGAAGGGUUACCCCCCUUCCCCGCCCCCCACAAACAGGGUGUUGCCAGUACCCAUUUAUACACAUGGAUGAAGAGAGACAAAGUGGAGUAAAGUUCCUUGUCUAAGGAAACAAUGCGGCAGGUGAGGCUUGAACCCCAGACUGCCAGAUCCAGAUUUCGCAGUGUUAUCUGCUCGGCCAGUACACGCUUCCACUUGCCUUGUUCAUGUAUUUUCUCACAUAUCUGCUGUGUAUUAAUGCAGUGAAUAGUGAUCAUGGUGGUGUAAUGUUACAGCAUACAUGCUGUACAUGUAUUAUGCAAUUUAAAGGCUCUUGCUAUUUUAAGUUUAAGGUAUAAUAAAUGUUUUGUCAUUUUCAGGCAUUAGGAAUGUUGUUUUGGCACAAGCAUAACCUUGAGAAAUCACUAACUGAUUUGGCUAACUUUACACCAUUCCCAGGUAAUCAAUCAAUCAAUCAAUUUAUUGACAUUUAAUUGUUACAAGCAAGUACUCUUCCACUGUACACAAAGCAUUCAUUAUUUACAAUGCAAUAGGUGACUGCUUGAGUUAACAGUAAUGUUCAUCUUUAACUACUUUUGUUUCAGAUGAGUGGACUAUGGAAGAUAAAAUCCUUUUUGAACAAGCUUACAGUUCUCACGGAAAAAGCUUCAAACGAAUUCAGCAAAUAGUAAGUACACCACUGACAUUGUUGAGCACUUGAAAGGAAGUCUGUCACUAGUAAUUGUAUUAUUUUGAGCCAUUAAUUGGUAAUGUGCAAAAUUACUUUGAAAUUAAAGGAACUUCAAAGACAUGGUUGGGUGAAAUUAAGUUGGAAAAUACCAGACAUGGCCAUAGUACAGAAUAAAAAAUGGCAUGAGUGCAUUGUUGAGCUAUAUAAGCAUGUAGAUUAUUAAAGAUACAAGAGAGUUGUCAAUUAGGUUGUCAGUGCUUCUCACACUUUUUGAGUGUUGUCUUGGUAAUUACCAACUAUAUGUACAGUUGUACUGAAUAUCUUUAUAAAAUGGUUAUUAUUGGUGAUGUAGCUUGCAUGCUUGAAUGUCUCUGUAAAGCAUGUGUGUGACACACAUGCUUAACAGAAAUAUAAUGUCCGUGAAUCAUUCUGACCAAUAAUAGCGCAUGCAUUUCUUGGCAUUUUUUGUUGAACUAAGGGAUUGUCAUGCAUUCUAAAUUACAAUAUUAAAAAAUUGACAAACUACACCUCCUCUAAUAUUAUAGUAAUAAAAUUAUUAUAGAGGCAUUCCAAAACUUGAUUUGGACCGCCAGUCCGGUCGGAUCAACUCGGAAACCUUUCGGAUCUUUUUAAAAUACAAUUGGACUUGGAUCAACUUGGAUCAUAAAAAAAACAACUCGGAUUAUAAAAAGAAAAAUAAAAUCAGUCGGUAUCACUCAACUUUCACCCGCCAUUUUGUUUUGUUGUUACGAACUCGUGGUUGCGUAAAUUAAAUUAAUUUUUAUUUUUAUUAAUUUUAAUGAUACGCUAGUGAGCAGCACAUAUACACUUCCAGUGAACAUUUUCAAGUUGGAAGGAGAAGAAAUCAUGCCCGCCCGGCACAACGAAAAUUUUCGUACCCUAGGCGGGAAUUGAACUCACGACCUUCCGAAUACUACAUGUUUAUCGGACGUUCCAACCACUGAACCGGAGGGUCGCGAGUUCGAUUCUUGCCCAGCGCAUGGAAAUUUCCUCUGUCCCGGGCGAGCAUGGUUUCUCCUCCUUCCAAGUUGAAAAUGUUCACUGGAAAUGUAUGUGUGCUGCUCACUAGUGUAUCAUUAAAAUUAAGUUUCAGAAGCCAUAUCUGUAAAGCAGAGCGUGUCGUGUAACGCAACCUAAAACAUGAUCCGAGAGGAACUGGCACUAGUAAAACAAAAUGGCGCCUGAAAGCCACGGAGAAAAAAAGGAUGAUCUGGCCUUUUUUACCCUCCAAAUGGGUUAAACUUUCAGUUUUGCUGAUUUAAUUUAAUUUUUUUGAUUGCUCCGAGUUGAUCCGAGUCCAAUUUUAUUUUAUUUUUACUUUUUUACUUGAUCCGAGUUGGUCUGAGUCGAUCCAAGUUGAUCCGACCCGGACUGGCGGUCCGAGUUGAUCCGGUCCGACUUUUGUACUGCCUAUUAUUAUAGUGCAUUUCAAAACUUGUUUUGUGUGAAACCUCUGUCUUUUUUUUCUUGUCAGUUACCAGAUAAAUCAAUUGCCACUCUGGUCAAGUAUUACUAUUCAUGGAAGAAAACAAGAAGUCGGACAAGUUUGAUUGAUAGACAAGCAAAGAAAAUGGCGGUUCAAAAAGAACCAGUCAAGUGAGUUUUGUCUUCAUGGAAGCCCCGACUUUGGAAAGUAAUCCUAACAGUAUACAAAUUUAUUGAGGGCCUCCCAUUUUAUUUUGGCAGAAAAAUGUUUUCUUUCAAUCGUCAUCCUCAAAGGUGAAGAUCAGAUGAAUGUCUUUUUUAUAAUUUAGUACUGUUUUGUGCGUACAGUAUUUUUCUUACCACUUUGUUAAUAUCUUUUUCAACCAGUGAUCCAGAAAGCGACAAUAGCGACUCCAGUGAUAGUGACUUUGAACCUGAAAAAGAGGUAAUCUUCAAUGCAUCUUCAAUGCUGUUCAUUUUUACUUUUUACUGGACCAGUAACUGUUAUUCUCACAUGCUGAAUGCCAUUUGUGUCACAAAAAAUGUCAUGGAAAUGCAACAGUGCUUUAUUCACAAGAAAAAAAACUGAAAAGUCAUCUUUCAGCCAUCAGAAAAGUUUACCAUGGACCAAAGAAAUAUAGAAAAACUUUCUUCGCCAAAAGGGGGAAGAGUUAGUACACAGCAAAUUAAUGUCAUACACCAAAACAUUCUUGGUUAAGUUUUAUCCCAGACCAUGCUUACUCAACUUUUUGGCCUUCAUUUUCUGCUAAACAAGUACAAAUUUAGUGAAAAUCAGGAAAAAAUAACCUCCAGAAAAUUUGUUGGAUUGAAUGAAUAUUGUAGAUCAGAUGAAAGUAAAUUUUAACAUGUUUGGGAAAAAGGCAUUAAAUUAAUUCUAUGUGGGCUCAUUAUGUUGUGCGAUCAUUCAGAUGUGCCUUAUAAUUUUAUUUCUUUAUGCUUUACAGCAAACAAGACAAACAAAUGGCCAGACUAAACCGAAGUUAAUAACCAAACCACCUACAAUGCAAGUAAGUAUACAAACAAAAUGAUCUUGAAAAUUAAUCUGCACUCCACUCUAAUCACCUUUACUUGGUCUUCUUAUUAUGUUUCAUUGUGAUUUAUGUUUAUUUGGUUGCAUGUAUUAUUUUUCUUCAACUGUUGUGUCAUAAUAAAGCCAUUGUAAUACUGUCAUUUAUUUUUUAGGGAACAACUGCAGCGACCAUUUCAGGUCCUUGUGUGAACUGUCAAUCCCAAUCCUUGCAACUUCAUGCGACUCAGAAGGGAAACUUGUGCAGUGCUUGUUAUCAAUUUUUAAGGUACACCUCUAAGGUGACCUGUAUUGUCUAAGAAAGGUCAAGUAGUUGACUUACAUGUAUAGAAAGUAUCAUGUACAUGUAACAUCGUUUGAAUCUCUGUAAGUUUGUUGCACAGACAUGUUAUAUAGGUUUUUACAAGUACCUUACUUAUCCACAAAUAGGUUGCACCUGAGUAAAGAGUGUGCUGUGAUUGGUUUAUGUUUGUAGCCACUCAUUUCCGCAGAUGUCUUUUGGGACAGAAACACAUGACAAAGCCCUAAGAUCAUCUGCAUGGCAGGCUAGCCCCUUUGUGAGGUUCAUUCAGAAAAAAAACUGCACAACUUGCAAAAUAUCAGGGCGUGUUAUUUUCUGUUCAACCUUCAAAUAAGAUGUGUGAAAGUACAUUUUGAUUUGCCAUAGUUAUCAAGUCUGGUCUUAUUUGCAGACGAACUGGAACUCUCCGACCAAGACAUGAAGGAAAGGAAGCUAGGCCUGGCCACAGGGGAAAUAAAGUUAAACGGAAGGCUCCAAAGGUUUGUAUUACCUGCAUAAGUAUAAGUAUAAAAUAAUGUUGAAAAAAUAUCCAAGUCUCCUUUCACUGUUUUAAGUGGUUAUUUUGUUCCACUCAAUGGACCGUUUCAUGGUUUUUUCAAUGCUUUUUUUUGCACCAGUUAGCCAAAAUCCAUGGACAUCGCUGAAAAAAAAAUCCUUAAGUCAGUAAAGUUGCCAAGUUUGAAAGUGAUUUGUUGAAAACUACCAGAGAUAUAGCAGCAUAAUUAAUUUUUACAGAUGUUUUUUUGGUGGGGGGCAAGUUCAUGCCUCCCACCAUACAAACGUGUGUUAAAUUAAUUUCAUGAUUUUCUGGAGCAAUAGCUUCACUUACAGUGGAUGUAUCACCUUUAAACUUACUAAUUAUUUAACCCUUUAAGCCCUGAGAGUGAUCAGCAUCAAAUUUCUCUUUGUGAUAUCAAUGCUUUGUAAAACAGAGUGGUCAUAGGAAUUACGGACGUGAUCACAUAACAUGAAUUUGCUUGAUAUUUUAUCAACUUGUCCCCACUACUUCUGUAGGAAAUGAAUGGGGGCAACAAAUGAGAAUUCAAAUUUUUAUCUUGGGGUUUAAAGGGUUAAGGUGCUCUUUCCAGUAGUGUUGAUGCAAAUUCAGUUACUGGUCUUAAUCAAAACUUGAAAAGAACCCUGGAAAAGGUCUAUUUUUUGGUCUGUUCCUCGCGGCUUUAUGUAGCCUAACUCAUUAAAUUUUGUUGGUUCUUCUAGGGAAUGGUUUUGUCACAAGAGUACCUAACUGCCGUGUCUGGUACCCAUGGUGAUAGCCAUGUGCGACCUCUAGAGAUGGAAAUAGUGAACCUUAAGAGACAGGUACAGAUGAACAAACAGUCGAUAGGCCAGCAUAAGUCCCAGAUUGAAAAUGGAAUUGAAGCUGUGAGGCCAGGAGAUGUAAGUAAAAUUACACCGUAACCGCACCAUAUCGUGAUCCUUCGCACCAGGGGGAUGAUUAAAAAUGCAUUUUUGUUCAAGUUCCAUUGUCACAAGGCAUUGAUCCUGCAAAACACCAAAAUAACCAAACAAAAACAAUGCAAAAAGUACAAUUUAUUUAGAAAAUUACAAAACACAAAUAAAAAAAAUUGCAUUUAGAUUGCACAUUAGUAUAGAAACAUUUACAAUGCCACCAACAAGAAGAAAAGGAAAAAAAUACAACGAUGGUUGAAACGUAAAUGUUACAUGUAAUCUUUCAUAAAGAAUAAUAAUUAUUAUAAACGUGCGUAAAAGUGAGAUGCAUAUGAUGUUUAUGAUAAUGAUGAGAAUGAUGAUUUGUGAUGAUGAUGAGAUGCAUUCACCCCCACGUUGAUGUUAGCUAUUCUGUUGCUUGUGCUGAGUGUUAUUUUUCCUGUUCCUUUUUUUUUUAGCAAAAUAUCAAGAAUAAUGCCAGAUGGUCGAAUGAAGAGCUUUUGUUAGCCGUCCAAUGUAUGUAUCGCACUCGCAGCCACCCCAAAUAUUCACAAAGUUAAUAUUAAAACAGAAGUGAAAUUGGUGAUGGUCACAAGACUGUGGGCAAUAUUUUGACCAAGUACUGGAUCUCAAUUUGACAGGUGGCAGCUCUGGCCUCUUGUCCCUUUUCAGGGAUAAAAUGCAAUGUAGAUGUCAGAAUGGGAUAGUUCAUUGUUUACGUCCUGCAGAGACACAAAAUAAUUCAUGGCAUUUGUCUCGUAGGAUUCAAAGAUUGAUCGAUCGAUCUGAACAUGUGUAUUUGUAGAAAUAUCCGGCCGUUUUGUGUAAUUUCUGUGGCAGUUAUGGCUUAACGAUGCAUAUUUCUUUUAGUCUUUGUUGUGCUUUGAAAUAGGACUGUAUUUUGAUUUCGUUAAACUGUAAUACAGAGUUUGGGAGUCUGUCUUUGGAUUAACUGACUGGUUACAUAAAGGCCCAAGCAUUUUCAAUUUCGGACUCUCUUUUUUUAACUGGGACUCAUUGGUUGUGGACUGGGACUCAUGAUUUUUCACAAGAUGAGUCCCAGGACUCAACAUAACUAUUUGAAACAAAUUCACUGUAAAGGGUUAAUUAUUUACAUUUCAACAGCUGUCAGACGCUAUGGAAAAGACUUCCAAGCCAUGGCUGAGGUGUUAGGAAACAAGAGCGUGAGUCAGUGCCGCAAUUUCUUUGUCAACUACAAGAGGCGUUUCAAUCUACAACAAGUUCUUGAAGAGUACGAAGCUGAACAGGGUAUCACCAGCAGUGACAGAAAAGACGAUGAUUUGCAGGUGCUACACAUGUCAGGUUCCCCCGCUGGUAGCAGUGGAAACUCCUCCCCGAGUCAGGAUAGAGCUUCUCCAUCCUUCCCCUCCCAGGGUAAGUUUUUUGGCUCCAACAACCCCCUUCCCCCUGAGCUUGUCCAUCCUUCCCUUCACAGGGUAAGUUCUUUUUCCUCCAACAACCUCCUUCUCCCUCCUGAGCAUUCUUUCUGUAGGUUCAAAAUAGAUAUCAAUAAAUUUAUGAACUCCUCCCCCAGUCAGAAUACAGCUUCUCUGUCCUUCCCCUCCCAGGGUAAGUUCUUUUUGGCUCCAACAACCCCCCCGAACCUUCUUGCUUAAGAAGUCAUCCCACCUUUCAAAACAUAGAGAAAAACUCCCCUUCCAGCCAGGUUAGAGCAUUCUUUUCUUUCCGAAGAAUUCAUCCCACCCUCCAAAAUAUAGAUAUCAAUGAAUUUAUAAAGAUGUGAAUGAAAUAGGGCCAUGAGUGACUCUUGAUCUAAUAUACCGUUUUCCCUAUCUCCCACAAGCAAUACAGCAACAGUUUUUUGGGAUGUUACUUGGCGCUUUUUUUUCCUGGGCACAAGUCUCAGCUAUUACUAAAAUGUUGACUGAACAAGAACCAUUACAGACCACAUACAGUCAACUGUCUUUAAAACGCAAACCUUUGGGACUGCCACAAAGUGUCCAUCUUAGAGAGAGGUGUCCGUUUUUCCCAAGUGUCCAUCAACAGAGAGUUGGCUGUAUAUUCUCAUAGUUCUGAAAAUGGGAGAGUGCAUGAGCUUUUGGCAAGAGUCAUAUAUGUUGUGGUUCAGUUUUGUCCUUGGUUUGAAUUUUAUUUUUCGUUGUUUCAAACUCAUUAUCAUAUAUUACCAUACCCAAAAACAAAAGGAAAUAAAAUUUAAACCAAGGACAAAAUUGAACCACAACAUAUAUUUCUGCAAAUGAAAGCUUACACCUGUCAAAAUGUAAGGAUCAAAGUAAACCAGUCACUCCACAACUAACAACAAUGUUUCUUUUCCUGUUAGGCAUUCCAGGUCAACCACCGCCACUGUUGAAACCCUCAGGACCACAGGGUCAGCGGCAUCCUCCCCCCUUACAACCUCAGGCUGGAGUCGCAAGGUCAAACCCGGGUGGACUUCAAGGUCCUCCUCCACUCAUUAAACCCAUGGUGCGACCUAUUCAGCCCCAGGUAAGUGUUCUUGAAAGGUUGACCCUUUAAGCCCCAAUAUCCACAUACAAAUUCUCCAAACUGAUCUCCAUACAUCUACUUUAAGAAUUAGUUGAGAGAAUUUGAUAGAAGAUCAUGGAAUUUUCUCUAUGGUGAUCAUGUUAUUAAUUCUCAUAACUUUAUCUCUUGACAGUGUAUGGAUAUUGUUAGGAGAAAAUUGAUGUUGAACACUAUUGGGACUUAAAGGGUUAAAGCUGGCUUUGAUGUCGCAUCUCCUUCUAUUAUUUGUUCACUGAAUUUACGCUUUCCUGCCUUGGACCUGGCAAGGCGAUGUGUCUUUAAAUGUAGUAACUUCCCAAAAUUCAAAACACUCCAAAGAAAAGAAGAAAACUGUCAGGGCUGUCAUUAAGGUUUCAAGUAGCUGGUCUCUCUGGGAGAGUGGCCGGUUGUUUAUCCCAUAAAUCUUCCUUUAUUUGUCCUGUUUGACUUAAUUUCAAACCUAGAGGAGCCGGCCGAUUUUAAUGCAGUGGCCAGCUUCUAAUGAAAUUGCAGAACUACUCUUGGUGCAAAGUGCAAGAAUACGCUAAAUAGCAGGGUGCAACCUGGGUCCUACUGUGUGUGUGUCCUGCGGUACAGAAAGAGGGUUGUAUGACAAUUUAUUGGUAAAGCCACCGUACAGUACUGUUCAAAACUAAGUAACCAUUCAGGUCUCGUUUCCUGCACGAAGGGAAUCGCGUCGUGCGCUACGAGAAUCUCGUAGCGCGAGUGCGAGAAUUAGUGAAGCAGCCAUUUUUGGCAUAAAUUAUUCACGGCUGGUCCUGUGCUAAUCAAAACUAAGUGGAGCAUUUUGGCUAGAAUCCAUAAAACGCCGCAUGGCAUGAUGUCCAUCUUUUCUGGGAGUGCUAUCCUUUAGGGCAUUUGGUAUUUGCUACUGCUUUUCUCAUAGUCUGUGAGCAAGCUCUCCACGGGUGUCUCUCUCGCGAGAGUUCACGCGAGAGCCGCUCGCGAAAGUAGACGGGAGUACGGGUGCAGGGAAAGAAAUCCGUUGCGGCUUCACCGCUCUCUCGCGUGUUCUCUCGCGGCUCGCUUUACUCGCGAUAAUUGGACAGCUUGCUCGCGGGCUGCUUUUCUCGGUCAUUGGUGUGCCGGUUGAUUAUGCCAUUUUUCUUUCUUUUCCUUUAGCCUCUUCGCCCACAAGCUAAUCCAAUGAUCCAACAAUCUCCUCCACCACAUAUAGCAUUUCAGCAGAUGAUGGAGCAAAAACCUCUCGGGGGACCCAUUGGGAGAUCUGAAUCACCACACAGCUCCUCAGGUACUCCACCCUUGAGGCAGACGCGCUCUGGCAUGUAACAAUGGGACUUUGUCCUCUGCCAAUCAAAUCGAACAAUUAUUACAAUGAUGUUCUGCAGUCCAACAAAUUAUUACUUUUUGUAGUGAAAAUUUCAAUUCUGCUUAAUGACCACUCAGUUUUAGUGAUGACUAAUUUCUGGCCCCAGCUGAUGUCCGCUCGAUAUCUAUUUCCUUAUAGACUACGAACAGUCUCUCUCUUUCUUUAGAUUUAGUGAGGGGAGUGCACGCGCGAGCGCGCGCGAACAUCGAAGACGCGAGAAACGAGGGCUCUUGCCUCUCUUGUCUCGCACCUUCAGUCACACGUAAGUCAUAUUCGUGUCUUGCGCGUUUCACUAGACCGACUAAGAGAAGAGAGAGACUUGCUCGUAGUCCAACUUCCACAACGACACGUAACAAUCACCUUUUGGAGUCCUCAGUUGUUAUCUUCUGUACACAUUGUCAAGUUGAAUGCCCGGUGGGUACUGGCGGGUACUGUAUUUACUCUAAAGAGCGCCGUCCCGUAAGUAAGCGCCACAUCGUCCGAUCAACAAUGCAUUGUUAUUAAUUUUUUAGGUUUUUUUUUUCACAAAGAAAAUUCUGAUUACUAUUAUU